AUGAAGUUGAUUGAAUUGAUCUACCGACCCUCCGGCAUGUUUCCCAUCUUAGAAGACCGGCGGCACUUCUCCGCAAGAGCUAUCCCCGAAGGAAAUCCUCCGUGUAUACGGAGUACUCGUGCGGAGGAUGUUGGAGCCCAGGCUUUUGCAUUCGAUCUUGGCGGGGUCGAAUUGGCCCAAGACCGCUUCCUGGAAAACCAGGACCGCACCCUUAGAUAUUUGAAAGAAAUAGAUGUUGACAGACUACUUUAUGUCUUCCGGAAGACCCACGGACUAUCUACACAGCAGGCAACGCCUAAUGGUGGCUGGGAUGCUCCGGAUUUCCCGUUCCGCUCGCAUGUCCAGGGUCAUUUCCUCAGUGCCUGGGCUCAAUGCUAUGCUGUACUCCGUGACCAAACAUGUUAUGAUCGAGCGACCUACUUUGCUGCUGAGCUGGCAAAAUGUCAGGCCAACAACAAGGCUGCUGGUUUCACGGACGGAUAUGUAUCUGGCUUUCCGGAAUCAGACUUCGCAAAACUCGAGAACAACACCCUGACAAACGGCAAUGUCCCGUACUACGCGGUGCACAAGACUCUUGCAGGCCUUCUCGAUAUCUGGCGCUUGACAAAUGACACUACCUCUCGAAACGUCUUACUGUCCCUAGCCAGCUGGGUUGACAAACGUACUGAAGCAUUCAGUUACGAUGUAAUGCAAAAAAUGUUGCAAACGGAAUUUGGCGGUAUGAACGAGGUGAUGGCUGAUAUCUACCACCAAACUGGUAACGAGAGAUGGCUUACCGUUGCCCAACGCUUUGAUCAUGCCCUUAUAUUCGACCCCCUUGCGGCUAACAAAGAUCAGUUCGACGGUCUACAUGCGAACACUCAAGUACCAAAGUGGAUUGGAGCCGCUCGCCAAUACAAAGCCACUGGAAAUUCUCGUUACCUUGAUAUUGCCCGAAAUGCCUGGGAAAUCAACGUCAAAUCACACACGUACGCCAUCGGUGGUAACAGCCAAGCCGAACACUUCCAUGCUCCAAAUGCCAUCGCUGCUUAUCUUACCAGUGACACAUGUGAAGCAUGCAAUUCCUACAACAUGCUCAAGCUGACGCGCGAGCUGUGGCUUCUUGAUUCAGAGAACUCGGCAUAUUUCGAUUUCUACGAAACCGCCUUACUCAACCACCUGCUGGGCCAACAGGAUCCUCAUGAUGACCAUGGCCACGUCACUUACUUCACCCCUCUCAACGCUGGAGGUCGCCGCGGUGUUGGUCCCGCAUGGGGUGGCGGUACUUGGAGUACGGACUACGACUCAUUCUGGUGCUGUCAAGGAACGGCACUCGAAACAAACACCAAGUUGAUGGAUUCGAUCUACUUUUACAAUGACUCGACCUUGUUUAUCAACUUAUUCAUGUCCUCUGUCUUGAAAUGGCCGGAGAUGGGUAUUACCCUGAAACAAUCUACGACUUACCCCGUCGGCGAUAAAUCGAAACUGGAAGUCCUCGGUAGUGGUGACUGGACAAUGAAUAUCCGCAUCCCGGCAUGGGCAUCAAGCGCAGAGCUGACGCUGAAUGGGAAAGCUUUGCCUGGUGUUAAAGCUAAUCCUGGGACAUACGCUCGAAUCUCGCGCACAUGGGCCGAUGGAGAUGUCGUUGAGAUCCGCUUUCCCAUGACUCUGCGUACGGUGGCUGCAAAUGACAAUUCAAGUAUGGUUGCAAUUGCGUAUGGGCCAACUGUCUUGUGUGGCAAUUAUGGAGACCAAACACUGAGUAGGACUCCUACUCUCGCCCUUGACUCUAUCAAACGCUCCGGGGAUUCUAGCCUUGACUUCACAUCCAUCGCAGACGGAAAAAAGGUUAAACUGAGUGCGUUCUAUGAUGCUCAGGGAUACAACUAUAACGUAUACUGGGCUACCACCGGAAGUCUCCACGCUGCGUAG